AAGCCGACAAUAAAUAUUUUAAAAUCUUAAAUGAAUAUAAGGGAUUCGAUUGAUCAAAUUUUUCAGCUUUUUAUAAUCAGGGUUCUAUCAACCUCUCUAAGCAAGAGUGGACGUCCACUUUGAGAUAAGAUCCGCUGGGCGGUCGGCUUUUAAGCUGUUAUGGCUUAGAGGGUAACUCCGGCGUCUAUGGGAUGUAGUAGGAAUGAUUGAAGAAGAAUGCAUCUCGGUGAUUUUCAGUACAAUGUUCCAUUCGAUACCUAGGUAUCUAAAUUGACAUCCCGCUUUUGCACCAGACCGCAACAUCGCAGAACCAGAUACUUCAAGUUAAAUUGACAUGGCUCCCUCUUCGGACAAACUAGAUGCUCCAUCGGGAAGGAGCCUACGCUUACGAGCUGGCAAUCAUAUUCAAACUGCCUCCAUCGUUCAGAAUUCAGCAGCACAUCGAGAAGAUCGCUCCCAUACCCCUCAACCGCGACAGCGACACGCAGACUCAAGAAAGAGACCUGAAGAGGAUCAACCCGACCCACCUCGAAAGCGACAACGACGCGAGACCUCAAGGAAGAAUCCUCGAGAGGACAACCCCAAUCCGCCUCAACCACAACAGCGACACGCAGACUCAAGAAAGAGACCUCGAGAGAAUAACCUCAAUCCGACAGAACUAUCACGCGAACGGCGUCAGUCCUUGUCUCAAAGUCGUGAAGCUCUCAACUCAAAAGUGGCCAUCCCUCACAACACCUUGAAUAUCAUAAAGUGGACAGGGAGAGUUGCAGAAGAGACAGGUACGGUGCAGUAUCAAGCGGAAGAUUUCGACUAUGAAUGUGUGAACAGUAUAGAUGAAUCGUCCAAGGGAAAGAAAACUUCACGGAAGCGUUCCGCGUCCACUUUCACAAACAACGAGAUCGGUUACGACCAUGCCAAAUAUCCCGCUCUUCUUGAAGAGCAAGGAGCCUACAUGGAGGACUAUACCGGCGACCUUUCGGAAGAUAUUAAGGAGUUUAAUGCCAACAUCUCCCGAGACCUGCGUAUGCAUAAGCAGCCAAUACCUCCAGAUACUCUAUUUGACGACAAGUAUUACAAGAAGCUUAUACAUUCGAUCAAAAACUACAGCGAGGCGGCGCUUAUUAGUGUGAUCUCACCAAUGAUGAUGCCUACGAUACUGGAUUUGGCUCUUCGAGAUGCAAAGUACAGGCCCUUUGUUCAGAGUGUUUCCGAUCAAUGGGGAGCCUGUAAAAGGCUUCAUUCCUUCAAACCUCCCCAACCAGACUCGGCUGUAGGGUUCAAAAAAUCAGCAUUUACAGAUGAGCAACUCGAGAAACUUCAGCUCUCAGGUAUGCUCGGAGAUUUGAACCGCACGUCCUCUUGCAAAGGCACAUACUAUAUGUUCUUCCCAUUCAUUACAUGCGAAGUGAAAUGUUCAAGCAAUGCGACUGAGAUUGCAGAUCGGCAGAAUGCUCAUAGCCACACUGUCGCUUUACGAGCUCUAGUAGAACUGUACAGACUUUCUAACAGAGAACAAGAACUUCAUGGAAGAAUCUUAACCUACUCUAUGUCUUACAACAACUCCCAUGUCAGUUUGUACGGUCAUAUGCCGAUACUCGUUAAAGAGAAAGGUACUAUAGAAUGUUAUAUGCAAUUAAUUCGUGGUUUCGAUCUCAGGGACAACGGAGGUGAGAACAGAUGGAUAUGCCGUCAAUUCUAUCUCAAUGCCUUAGAUAAAGGUCUUGAGCUUCUGAACAACAUUCGGGCUUUGAUCGAUACCUGGACACCAACUCAGAGUCAACUUGCAGCUCUGAUUCAAGCACAAGCUUCCAGUCAGGAAUCUGCAUCUCAAUACAGAUCUGAGACAGCAUCUACAUCUCUGUACAGAUCUGAGGUAGCAUCUUCAAGAGGCCAUUCAGGCCUUUCGCAGCAGUUUGACAACCAGAUUUUAUCAGAUGACGAGCUAGCCAUUACGAAUUGGCCACAACUAACACCGGACACAUCUGCGACUUCACCUUCGAAAAAACCAAAGUCAUCAUCGUCCGCAAGUAAGAAAGGCGCUUCAAACAAUUUGAUAAAGGGCAUAUCUAAGCAUUCAUUAUAAAUGAUAUUCACGAUCCUUUCAAGGUUCCUCUAACACAUCUAGAGUACGGCGAGGACUAUGAGGAGACUUACUUAUGGGAAGCAGUAGCAACCGUUUUCCAUAGUAUUUUUAGUAUUCAUGAAGUGUUUGUUCUUCUCCAUGCUACAACCACGUUAUGGCGAGUGAAUUUCCUGAUUGUAUGCAAUCUAGAGAAUAUCGGAUAUGAGACAACGUACCUUACCUGAAUACAGUGCCUUGAACGUGUGAAGGGAUCCUAGUGGGGUUUACCUAUUAUAGGUAUAGUAGAACCUGAUUAUAAGGGAUUG